AUGAAACCUUUUCUUCAAACAUUCAUACAAGACAAACUUCAUUCAUUACAAAUGGAUUAUGAACAUAACAUAGCAUUAAUAGGUUAUGAAUUUGAAGAUCAUCGAUUGGCAUAUGAAAUUCAACAGCAACAGGAACAACAACAAAAUCUGAAUGUUCAUCAACAACAAUUGAUCGAAAAUCUCUGCCAUCGUAAAUAUCAAAAUGAAAUGUCAAAAUGUGAUUUCAACUCAUUGAAGCAAUUGCUUCGACAAAAAGAGCUACCAAAAUCACUUGACACUAUUCAGAUAGUAUUUCCAGUCUACAUUCAAGCAAUAGAUGAUCCUAGAAUUCGUCAAGAAUAUUUGAAUCGACAUGAACAAAUCAUGGAAACAUAUAAAAGUGAAAUGAUGAUUUUAUUAGUUUAUAUAGCUGAAAUAUUUAUGUUAGAAAUACAACAGUUAUUCGAUGAUGAAAUGGCUAAGCUAUGGCAAGAACAACACUGUCUUCCUAUUAAAAAACGAUUCAAUUCGAUAGUAUUAAAUUUAAUGGAACAACGUUUUGCAAAUAUUACUAAAAAAGUACAAUGCAUAUCUCAAUAUAAAUUGUCUUCAUUAGUUGAUGAAAGUUUAACUCUCUAA